GUGCGCGAUACAAACAGCGAAUAGCAUCACACUUCCUCAGUCAUGUGAUGAUCAUUGGCAUUUGCGACCAGCUGAUUGAAGAAGGAACAUGAGACCGAGUGUGGGGCUUCUGGUGGCGAUUAACUUCUUCUAUCUGUACACGCCAAGUUCAUCAAGGAGCUUUCAGAUCGAUUAUGACAAUGACAGUUUCCUUAAGGAUGGUAAACCUUUCCGUUAUAUCUCAGGAAGUAUCCACUACUCCCGUGUACCUCGAUACUACUGGAAGGACCGUCUGAUGAAAAUGUAUAUGGCAGGAUUGAAUGCUAUUCAAACAUAUGUGCCAUGGAAUUUUCAUGAAACUGCACCAGGAAAAUAUGACUUCGCUGGAGACCGAGAUUUAGAAACAUUUAUAAAGUUGGCCAAUGACAUUGGCUUGUUGGUCAUCUUACGAGCUGGCCCCUAUAUUUGUGCCGAAUGGGACAUGGGUGGCCUUCCUGCCUGGCUGCUGCGGAAAGAUUCAGUUGUUCUCCGAUCUUCAGAUCCAGAUUAUCUCAAUUAUGUUGACAAAUGGAUGUAUGUUCUCUUGCCCAAGAUCAGACAAUACCUGUAUCAGAAUAAUGGACCGAUUAUUGCUGUACAGGUGGAGAAUGAAUAUGGCAGCUACUUUGCCUGUGACUAUGAUUAUUUGCGCCAUCUAUCAAAACUCUUUCGAUAUUUCCUGGGAGAUGAGGUUAUUCUGUUUACAACGGAUGGCGAUGGCGAAGCAUACCUCAAGUGUGGGUCUUUGCAAGGACUGUAUGCAACCAUUGACUUUUUUCCAGGUGGAAACAUGACAACAAAGUUAAACAUUCAACGAUAUGCAGAACCCCAUGGACCACUGGUAAACUCUGAGUUUUAUACAGGAUGGUUGGAUCACUGGGGCCAAAAACAUUCUGUGGUCAGUAAGGAGAUGAUUGCUCAAUCAUUGGAUGAAAUGCUUGCCCUUGGAGCUAAUGUUAACAUGUACAUGUUUGAAGGUGGAACUAAUUUUGGCUAUUGGAAUGGAGCGAACUCGCCAUAUUCGCCACAGCCAACAAGCUAUGACUAUGAUGCUCCUCUGUCAGAAGCAGGGGACCCAACAGAAAAAUACUUUACCAUCAGGCAGGUUAUUGGCAAGUUUAAAAAGUUACCCAUCGGUCCAGUUCUUCCAGCAACUCCAAAAUUUGCAUAUGGGACCAUUGGAGUUAAAAAGUUACAGAGUGUUGUGGAAUUGGUCAGCUACCUUUCAUUUUCUGCACCUGUCACAUCAGAAUAUCCAUUGACCUUUGUUGAAAUGGACCAGUAUUUUGGAUACAUGCUUUACAGAAAUACCCUCCCAGUAAAUUGCACGCAGGGUACGAUGCUGGCAUCGCCCUUGAAUGGGGUUCAUGACCGAGCCUACGUCAUGGUGAAUGGGGUAUUUCAAGGUAUUCUCGAAAGAAAUAAAAUAAUCUGGAUAAACAUCACUGGUCAAGCUGGAUCACGACUUGAUAUUUUAGUUGAAAACAUGGGCAGAAUAAAUUAUGGCAAAGACAUCCAUGACCGAAAGGGUCUGGUAACCAAUCUUACGCUGGGUUCACAAACCCUAACUAACUGGACUAUCUACUCAUUAAAUAUCGAUGAAGCCAUAUCAAAUGGCCUGUUAAAUAAGCUCCAGAAACUUCCAGGCCUCACUGCUACGACCAAAGUGAAUGUGCCAUCCUUUUACUUGGGCUCCUUUGUGAUUCCGAGUGGAAUUCCUGACCUACCUCAAGAUACAUACCUUAAAUUUUCAGGAUGGACCAAGGGUCAAGUGUGGAUCAAUGGCUUCAACCUGGGUCGUUAUUGGCCAGUUAAAGGUCCCCAAAUCACUCUGUAUGUUCCUGCUCAUAUUCUCAGUACCUCUGCAGUUAACAACAUCACAGUAUUGGAGCUGGAAAAGGCACCAUGCAUAGGAGAGCUAAGUAUGGCAUGUGCUGUGGAAUUUGUCGACACGCCUAUCCUAAAUGCUACCAAUGCUCUUACCAACAUGCACAAUUACCUUUUCAGAAAAUAUUCUUAGCAUAAUUGAACUAAAAGUUUAAUAUGUUUCUUCUAAUGUGACGGGCCAGUGUGUGUGGAGAAAUGCUGAAAAUUAAGCUUUUCAACAGAAGCUACUACUCUUUUUGCUUCUUGCUUUGCAAAUUCAAGUUGAUGGUAAAUAAUAAGCAUUGCAAACGCAAGCCAUCUUGGCCACAUUGGUGAAAUAAAUAAAGAUUUUUUUUUAAAGAUUAAGAAAUGAAUUGCACGCACAGGCAAAAAUCUUUCCCUUUUUGCCCAAAAUUGGUGACGGUACCAAAGAGCCCACGACAGCCAUUAAGAUAAUUCUGGGGGAGGGGGCAAAAUCCUGAGAAAGGAAACUUGCUUUGGGGUGAUUCCAGACACCAGUUAUUACUGGUUCUUCUUCAUUAAGACUGAUCUUUGAUUUAAUACAGACUUUGGAGAAAAUCAGGGUGCUUACAGCUUUAUUGAUGAUUGUACUGUAAAUGGAAAAUAAAAUAUGAUCAAUCGUA